GCAGAUAUGCUUGGUUUUGUAGCUAGUAUCGGGUUGCUUACGUCGAUGUGUGUGACGUCCGCAUUUCGUUGCUGUACUUCUAGAUCAUGACGCCUGAUGAAACAUGUAUUAGCGUCAUGAAAGGUUAGCCGCCACUGAGCGAACACCUGCACUAGGAUUCUAUGGAAUUUCCCGAGAAAUGUGUGAGAGUUUUGUACGACUUGAGUUACGAAACUAACGACGGUCGACGGAUACAAAUCCUUAAAGAUGAAGAGUUCGUCUUGCUUCAGACCACAACGCGUGAUUGGUGGAAAGUUAUACGCGGAGGCGAACGGCGAGCCUUUUACGCUCCUGCAGCGUAUCUUCAUGAGAUCGAUCGAUCUGCUGAAAGAAAAUCACCUCUUAUCCCAGAAAACCCAGUCGAUGAAUCGAACGAAGAGUUUGCGAUUGAUAUCAACCGAUUAACAAAUGGUGCGAACAAACGGGCUAGCAUUCCUGGAAGUAAUUAUCGAGAAAAGCUGAACGCGGAAUUUCGAGAAAAAUUACGAGAAGCGAGAACGUCUGGCGAAUUCUGCGGGGACCCAACGUCCAAACGUUCUGUUAGUUCUGAAUUUGAUAACCAACGUAAGCCUCCGUGGGACUCUCAAAGAGGGGCUCUUGCGCGAUUGCUUCAUGAGAAACUCAACUUCAGUUCUUCGCAAAAAACCAAAGAACCUUUCGCUAAACUCACUCAGCGUCACCGUGCUCGAUCAUUAGAAUUUCUGUCAUCCAACGACGAAUCGUGUGGGAAUGCCAGCACUGGAUCUGGUGGGAAGCAGCGGAAAGUUCGUCUAGCGAAAGACUCUUGGGAUAGAAGAAAAUCGUGGGCCAUGUCCCUGGAAGAGUCCGACUUUGGUGGAGAGGAAUUGGUAAGCCUGAGUACCGCUUGUGGUGAUCGCGGUAAGGCGUACAAGGUGAAUCUUCCAUCAAAGGCUGCCUCGAAUGAACACCAGCAGAAGUACCCUUCAUCAGAGGACACCAGGAAUGCACCACCACCUUUGCCCGUCAAAAUGCGAAACGCCCCGGUUGUGAAACCGAAACCUAUGUUACCAGAACGUGCGGAAAACACGAGAUUGAAUCACAGGGCUGAACGACCCCGUGUUCCCAGCAUUUCACAGUACGAAUUCGGCUUUGAUGGUAAACCAGUGGAGAUGUGGAACCACGACAGUUGGAAUGACAGAGAGAAGACUAGCCUUGGUAGUUUCCGUUCGCGAAAUGUUCAAGGAGCGGAGCACGGGAGAAAAAGUUUUGAAUGUCUCAACCAGCCCGUUCCCACUGGGGCAAUUAGAGAUCGGUGGAAAGUUCGGUCGGACUCAAGCAUCUCUCAUUCUGCCGCCAUGGCAUUUGUAAACCCCGCAUACGCAUCGAACGGAUGGCGAGAAGAUGCGAACGUGAUCAAAAUUGAAGUUGGAAGCCCGAAAUCCAGUGGUCCGGCAAUUAGCCCUCGGUCUGAAGUUCGAACCCCGAUGGGUGCCAGCCGGGAACAGAUGGGACGCCAACCGUCGCACACACCGCCGACACCGCGAGAAUCUUCUGUGCCAGUAAGAAUUAUUGGUGGCGAUUGGGCGGAGUACUUUGACGACGAAAGCGGGAGAAAAUUUUAUUUCAAUUCGGCGUCGAAAGAAACUACGUGGAAACCUCCGAGGAAAGCAUACGGGGCCGGAAAGUCUAACAUGUCGAAUUCUUGUGGGAGUCUUUACACGAGCAGCAGCAUUGAGAACUUGUCUGGUGAGAACUUGGAUGAAGGUGACGAUCUGGAACUCGAUGCCGACGACGUGUUCGAUCACGAGGAUCUGGUCGCGAAUUGGAACCCUGGUACGCGGGACCCCGUUCCGCCGACGCCGCAAAAACGAACAACCCAUUUGCGCCGGCAAAUAUCGUCGCGAACUGAGCCGAUUUACGCGAACCAUGCAGCCCUGUUGGAAGGCAGUCAGGAACUCUGGGAGCAAUCCGGAACUGAAAGCACGUUCUGUGGGAAUGGAGAUCUAGAAUGCGAGAGCGUUUUCCAGUGUAGUAGGGGAUUCUUCCGCUUUAUUCAGUGCUACACCCGACUCAGAUGUGGCCAAGGGCCACAUUAA